AUGUGGUCCAUUGCUGUAGGGUUUUCAUCUAAUGGUGAAGGCAAAACCAGUGCUGUUGCUGGGAUUGUUUCCUCACCAACACUGAACCCGUCGGAGUCAAUUGCUGAGGAUAUAAAUGGUGAAGGUGUUGGUGUUGAUAGUAUGGACGAUAUUGCUAAUACUUUGUGGGAUGGUAUUGAUGACAUUGAGAUGAAGAAGUUUCAUUUUCCCAAUCGCCAGGUAGCAUAUGAGUUCUACAACUUGUAUGCUAGAGUGAAAGGCUUCUCAGUGCGGAAAAGCAAGGUUUUCAGAAUCAAGAAAGGUGAAAUUGUGCGGCAAGACUUUGUGUGUCACAAGGAGGGUUUCCGUGAAGAGAAAAACAGAAUGAGGGAAAAUCGUCAGCGUGAAACUAAGGUUGAGACCAGGUGUGGAUGUUGUGCAAAAAUGAGAAUUCGUUUGGUGGGUGAUAGUGGUAGGUGGCAUGUGGCAUUAUUUACAGAUUGUCACAAUCAUGCAAUGUUAGAGGGAAAGCAGUCAGCCAUGUUACCGGCACAUCGUAAGUUAAAAGAAGGGGAUAUAUUGGGAUUGAAUAGCAUGCGGAAAGCUGGGAUUAGUACGACACAGAUAUACAAUUUUUUUGCUGACCAAUCAGGGGGUUUUGACAAAACCAAUUUUCUCAAGGUUGACAUGAAAAAUCAAAUGACCAAACAGAAACAAAAGGAGCAUUGUGAUGCAAAAGCUGUUUUGGUGUAUCUGAAGGGGCUUGGUUCAGGUGAUCCCGAAAUGUUUUGGUCCCACCAUGCUGAUGAAGAAGGCAAGUUGAAACAACUGUUUUGGGCUGAUGGUAUUAGUCGAAUGGAUUUUCAAGUGUUUGGGGAAGUCCUAGCCUUUGAUGCAACAUACCGGAAGAAUAAAUAUGGUUGCCCCAUUGUUGUUCUUGUCGGAGUUAACCAUCAUUGCCAGACUAUUGUGUUCGGAACAGCAAUUUUGACAAAUGAAAAAGAGGAAAGCUAUGUGUGGGUUCUUGAGCAAUUUAUGGCAGCAAUGAAGGGUAAGGAACCAAGUGCAGUGAUAACUGACGGUGCUCCUACAAUGCGGAAUGCUAUUACUAGAAUUUUACCUAGAGCUCAUCAUCGUUUGUGUGCUUGGCACCUUUUACAAAAUGCACAAAGAAAUGUGGGUGACCCGAAUUUUGUGAAAGGAUUUAAGAGCUGCAUGUUGGGGAAUCUAAGUGUUGGGCACUUCAAAAAAAAUGGGCACAAUUGGUUAGCGAUCUGA